AAGUUAAACUGGACUAUAAAUUAUAAGAAAGCCCAGUUUUUUUUCUUAUAUAUAUUAUUCACUAAUUUAUUAAUUUUAAUUAAUUAAUCAAUUGGUUAAUAAUUACAUUUAUUUUUAAAUUAUUCAUAUAAAAUAUGGUCAAAGUUGCUGUUUUAGGUGCUGCUGGUGGUAUUGGUCAACCAUUAUCAUUAUUAUUAAAAUUAAAUUCUAAUAUUACUGAAUUAUCAUUAUUUGAUGUUGUUAAUGUUCCAGGUGUUGGAGCUGAUUUAUCUCAUAUAAAUAGUGAUGCUUCAACUAAAACAUUUUUACCAUCUUCAAAAGAAGAUAAGACUGCUUUAUUAGGUGCUUUAAAAGGUGCUGAUUUAGUUGUUAUUCCAGCUGGUGUUCCAAGAAAGCCAGGUAUGACUAGAGAUGAUUUAUUUAAUAUUAAUGCUUCAAUUAUUAAAUCAUUAGCUGAAGGAAUUGCUGAAAGUAGUCCAAAAGCUUUUGUAUUGGUUAUUUCUAAUCCAGUUAAUUCUACUGUUCCAAUUGUGGCUGAAACUUUAAAACAAAAGGGAGUUUAUGAUCCAGCUAGAUUAUUUGGUGUUACUACUUUAGAUAUUGUUAGAGCCAAUACUUUUAUUGCUCAAUUACAUCCUGGAGAUUCUAAACCAUCUGAUUUCAAUGUAAAUGUUGUUGGUGGUCACUCUGGUGAAACUAUUGUUCCAUUAUAUUCAAUUGGUUCAUCAGCUUCAUUCUACAAUAAAUUAUCUGAAGAACAAAAGAAGGAAUUAAUUCAUAGAGUUCAAUUUGGAGGUGAUGAAGUUGUUCAAGCUAAGAAUGGUGCUGGAUCCGCCACUUUAUCUAUGGCUUAUGCAGGUUAUAGAUUAGCUGAAUCUAUUUUAAAAUCAUUUACUUCAAAGGAAGAAGUUGUUGAAAAUACUUAUUUGAAUUUAGAUGCCAGUAUUAAAGGAGCUGCUGAAGCUAAGAAAUUAGUUGGAGGAUUAGAAUUCUUUUCAUUACCAGUUAAAUUAGGUAAGAAUGGUAUUGAAGAAGUUAAGUAUGAAAUUUUAACUAAGGUUUCUGCUGAUGAAGAAAAGUUAUUGGCUGUUGCUAAAGAGCAAUUGGCUAAGAACAUUGAAAAGGGGGUUGCCUUUGGUAAAUAGAGUUGUUAGAUUAAGUAGAUCUGAAUCCUAAUGAAUCUAAAAGUUUAGUAGAGUGUAAAAUCUGAAAUCUGAAAUCUGAAAUCUGAAAUCUGAAACCUGAAAAGUGGACAGAGUGUGAACGUUAGAAGACAGUCUAACAGUAUCAGACAUUACCACUAUUUC